GUGCAGGCAAAACACCGACUUUAGGAGGAGGGUUCCAUGCCAACCUAGGAAAGGAGUCACGAGCACAAACUCUGCAGAAUGGAAAACGUCAGAUUCACCACUUGGGAAACCAGCUUCAACUCAAUCAACAUUGUCUGGAUACGGCUUUUAAUUUUUUCAAGAUGGCUGUGAGCAAGCACCUGACCCGGGGGAGAAAGAUGACCCACGUAAUUGCUGCCUGUCUCUACCUGGUGUGUAGGACAGAAGGAACUCCUCACAUGUUACUCGACCUCAGCGACCUUCUUCAGGUGAAUGUCUAUGUGCUGGGAAAAACCUUCCUUCUGUUGGCCAGAGAACUCUGCAUAAAUGCUCCAGCUAUAGAUCCAUGUUUGUACAUCCCUCGUUUUGCACACAUGCUUGAAUUUGGGGAUAAGAACCACGAGGUGUCCAUGACGGCCCUCAGGCUGUUACAGCGAAUGAAGAGAGACUGGAUGCACACCGGCCGCAGGCCCUCCGGCCUUUGUGGAGCAGCUCUGCUGGUGGCGGCGAGAAUGCACGAUUUCCGACGCACCGUUAAAGAGGUCAUCAGAGUGGUCAAGGUUUGUGAGUCUACGUUAAGGAAAAGGUUGACAGAAUUUGAAGAUACACCAACAAGUCAGCUAACCAUAGAUGAAUUUAUGAAGAUUGACUUGGAAGAAGAAUGUGAUCCUCCUUCCUUUACAGCUGGUCAAAAAAAACUGAAGAUACAGCAGCUUGAGAAGGCGUUAUCAAAAAAGCUGGAAGAUUUUGAAGGAGAAAUAUCGAGCUAUCAAGAUGAAAUAGAGAUUGAAUUAGAAAAUAGUAGACCAAAAGCAAAAGGAGUAUUUGCAAAUUUCACUAAAGAUGAUUCUAUAGAAGAUAAUGCCUCCAGCAUAUUUGGAGAGGAGGAGGCAGAAGAUGAGGAACUGGAAGCAGCAGCUAAUCACUUAAACAAGGACUUUUAUAAUGAACUUCUUGAGAAGGAUAGAUUAAAAACAAAUGAAGACGGAGCAUGCAAAAAUGGGAAUGAAGCUCCUGUCAGACCACCCGCGCUGGAGUCCUUGCUCGGCCCGCUCCCCACUGCAGCUAGUCUUGGCAUAACAGAGUCCAUAAAAGAGUGCAUAUCCACUAAGGACCGAGAGCCUGGUGAAAACACAGGAGAUGGUGAAUUAGAUCUCAGUGGAAUUGACGACAGUGAAAUAGAUAGGUAUAUACUUAACGAAACAGAAGCUCAGAUAAAAGCAGAGCUGUGGAUGAAAGAAAAUGCAGAUUAUUUGAAGGAACAAAAAGAAAAAGAAGCAAGAAUAGCAAAAGAGAAAGAACUUGGGAUUUAUAAAGAGCACAAGCCAAAGAAAUCUGCAAAGAAGCGGGAGCCAAUUCAAGCCAGCACAGCAGGAGAGGCAAUUGAAAAGAUGUUAGAACAGAAGAAAAUCUCAAGUAAAAUUAAUUAUAAUGUGCUAAGGGACCUGAACAGCAAAGGAAGUAACACACCAAAGAAGGAGGAUGACAGCACUGAUGACAGCACCAGCACCAAGAAACUGUCAAGAAGAAAAUCUAUUGCCAGUAGGAAUAUAGCCAACCCUGUAAACAGUGUGGGAAAAAGAUUAAGACCCUUGAUUUCUACACAACUAGCUAAAAAGGCUGCUACUGAAGAGAUGACGUUUCCGAAUGCACAAGCAGAAGUCCCUGACUCAGAAAAACCAGCAGCUGUGCUAGUGGAAAGUGGCCCAGUAGCUUAUAACCCUGAUGAGGAGGUAGAAGAGGAAGAAAUAGAAGAGGAUGAUGAUCACUGCAUGAGCGCAUUGCAAUUAAUGGGAGGAAAUGACUACGGCUGUGAUCUGGAGGAUGAUGAUGGCUACUAGUCUCAUUUACUUCCAAAGGACAUGGGCUGUGUCUUGUUCCCGGCAGAUCUUCAAGGUGUAUGAAUGGUGAAAGAAGCUGUCUUCGGUCAGCAAAUGUAGCUGAACAGUCCUUACUUUUGUAAAGCAAAUUUUAGUCUGGCAUAGACUCUGGUUAGUUUACAUUGACCCAUAACCCAGCAGUAAAGUUUGGGUUUGUACUUGAAUUUUUUUUUUUUUUAGUUCAGUGGAUCAUGUUUUGAGGAUGGAACUAAUGAGAGGAAUAUUUCCAGAGAGCAGAAGAAAAUAGACUGCAUAUAAAGCUCGUGUGGCUGGAAGCGACACAUCUCUUAUUUAUCUGACCCUGCUUUAGGCAUGCUAUUGAAAGGCAGCAUGUAGAAGGACAGGUGAAAAAGAGAAGCCUCCCUGUUAGUUAUUUGAGUGCACUUGGAUUAAUUUUCUUACAUUGCUACAACUGAAAAUAAACUAUUAUUUCCAACUUCUAUUGUAGACAUGACCUUGUUACUGUAUACAAGCUUCCUUACCCAAGCCUAUCAAAAAUUAAUGACAAAUUAUAUAUUCGUAGGGCAGUAUCUGUUCCUCUGUAAUGAAGUACAUUUGGUUCAUAGAUUUCUUAAAAGGCAUUACAGCAGAAGGCAGUGUUGCCCCUGGAGUUGUCUUCCACUGUGAGUUGGGUGCUAUUCCUAUGGAAAGAGGGAGAAUGUCUGGGUGAAGCAAGAAGCAUACAGGGAAAGCAAGAGAUAAUGCUGUGGUCACGUGGCUUUCCUGAGAGUCCCUAGGGACAGCUAUGUAUUGUGGUGGCUGGUAUUGCUGCAGGAGAGUAACUCUGUAACUCUUGACUAUCCCUAUUGACCUGCUCUUAUGCGACUGACUUGAGAGUGCAGGCCUGCUCCCAAGAGCUGCCUUUCUCUGAAACCAGUCAAAAGAAAGAAGAAAUUGAGCUUUUUAAUAAAUAAGCUAGCAUCUGCUUUGGCUGAAUUUAAUUUCAUGUAAUUUAUUUAACUUUCUGUGGGUAAAUUAAAGGUCACCGUACUGCAGCCUGGCUUUCAUGGCUUAAAUUCCCCCUUUGAAUAAUUGCUAUUACAUGAAUAACACUAGAACCCUAGUCUUGUGAGCCCCUAAAUGUCAACAGGCUGGUCCUUCUCAUCCGGAAGCCGGCCUCUGCAGUGCUGGAGGACCAGGGAUCACAGAUGGAGCCGUUAUUGCCAGAUCACACUCUGUUGACUCUGACCUGCCUUUCCUCGCCACUGCUAGGGCCCGAGGCUCUCCAUUCAGUGGAAAGUGCAGUUCAUGUUAGAUUGAGGUCUUGAUGGCUGCAACUGCAGGAGCUCAGGUCUUUUCAUCGCUCUCCCUUGACUAGUGAAAUCAUGAAAGCUGUACUGUGUUGCAGACUUGUCUUACACAAGGGAAAAAUGGAUGUUUACCUUACUGACGUGGCUUCUGUUAAGCUCUUUUUCCUGGCUGGCUCGUCCUUCCUACCCUUUUUGAGGAGCACUCACCAGAAAAGUGCCAUUCAUUGCCCCUCGCCCCCAUAGAGGGUGGAUAGUGGCAAUUCCUUCAGGGAGGAGAAGAAGCUGAUUUGGAAAGGUGUCCUGACUGCUGCCAGCUGGAGUGACAGAGGUAGGAACGGAGGAUGCUUGUACCUGUAGCAGUCGCCAUAAGAGGGGAAAUGGCAUACAACCUUCCAUACCUCUUCUGACCCUCUCAGUAGCAUCCGUAAGAGGGGAUGUGUAAGUAGAGCAAGAGGGAGUGCUUUUUGAGGAACAGAUUUGAUACUAUUUGGCUGGUAAAUGUAGUCUGUUGGCUAGGUUGUGUUUGCUAGAUAUUUCUGAGCCCUGAAUAGGAAUAUUUCUGCAUUGGCUCUAUUAAUAACAGAACUGGGUAACAAAAAUGGUGUGGUGAGGCUAGUGGGACAUAAAGCUCUUCUAAACCAGAUUUCAGUUAUUUAAUUUGUAGAGCUUCAGUGAGAAAGAAGAGAUUCCAUACAAUUCUUAGGAGAAAAGCUGGCAUUUUCACCAAAAAGCUAUAGAUUUUUUCCUGAUACUUUAUAAAUGCUGCACGGAAAAUUAUAUUGAGGAGAUAAACCUUUUUACUUCUCUUUUAUCUACACCAUGAAUUCAAAAUCAUGCUAUAAGCAAACAAUUAGAAAAAGUGACUUUGUAUUAUCAAAAUUCAUGGUCUGCAAGUCUUUGAGACAGCUGAGUAUCUGCAAUGGGUUUGCAGUAAUCUGCCAAUAGCACCAUUACAAAUGCCUGUGCUCUCAGGAUAUUCUCAAAGCUUGGGUUUUAUUCCAAGGUACACAUUAUGCUCUAUGCAGGAAAUAAACAUGCAUAAAUAAACAUGCUUAUGACUCAUGUAGGUCGAGUGCUUUUCUCAAAUGCAUAAUGUUGGCUCUUAAAGAAGCCGCUAAGAUGAGUUCUUUAUUGCUAAGGGUCUUUCCUGCAGUUUUCUGGGUAGAUUUUCAUUGGUUUGUUCCCCCAACAGAAUACUAAACCUGCUGCCGAUGUAGUGACAUUAUGUGUGAGAGCUGAGAGUCCCCUCAAAUAACUACUGCUGGUAAAUUUGAAUUUCAGUAACACAUUGGGUUUCUGGGAACACUAUUUCUUGCACUGGAAGUAGAGGAUGCUUCUCUCUUUAGGACAGGGAAAAACUUGCAGUUUUUGAAUGCUCUCAUGUGAUUCGAUUAGAAAAGGCUAUCACAUAGUCUGCUAGAAAGGCACUUGGAAAGCACAAAAAGAUCCUCAAUUCCAUAGCAUCUCGGUAUUGCUGGUGAAGUUAACGGCCUGAAUUUCUGUACAGGGGCCCUAAAGGAAGAGGCCAUGGUAUCAGAUAAGGAGUUUUCACUCUGAGCAUUGUAAAGAUUCUCAAACUGUAGUGGUUAUGUACAUUUUUAAUUUAUUGGUGACUUACUAGGACUUUUAUAAUGUUCAUUCCUUCUUGAUUUAACUAAGCUCAGGAAAUGUAAACAGAUUAGAACAUGCUAGUUUCUGUUUUUAUUGCUAGUCAUUAAAAUGUAAAAAGAUUAACACUGCAUUAACUCUGUUUACUACUGUUGAUGUAUCUGGACAAUUUUGUUUUUUGUAAGUGAGCCUAAAUUCACUUGGAGUAAUUUGGACCCUGCUUUUUUCAGGAUUCUGAUUAUAAUGAAGAGAGAUUAUAAGGCUUCAGCAUUUGUUGUUCUUAGAUCGUCUUACCAGAACCCACAAAAGCUGUAUAUCGUAGGUUUUCCUGCAUAAAGCAUGUCUCUUGCUGCAAGUCACUUCGUUUGACAGGCAAAACCCUCCAGCUGUUGCAUCCAGCUUGUCUGCCAUUGCAGCCUUUUAACACUCUUCUCUUGUGGAUAUAAAAUAUGAAAGAAAUAAUGAAAAUAAUGGUUUUUUUCACCGUAGUGAGUCCGUUUUCAGUGUCUUAAUCAUCUAUGACAUUUCUUUAAAAUCACUGUGUUCAAUACAGCAGCUCCUAAAUGGUGCCAGACAGCCCUGUCUUGAGGGUAAAAAACGUUCGUCUAAAAAGUUCUUGCCAUCCUGAUGGCUUGUUUGUAUUCUCUUUGGGUUGCAUUGAAACUCUAGUCACAGAUGUAUGCAGUUAGUGUAGAAUUUGCCUAAUAAAUGUUCUGUUUCUUAUUUUUGUGUUGAAUCCAUGCAUUUUGUUCAGUUAGUGCCAAGGAAAUUAAACCUGUUUGAUGUAAGCAUAUGUAUCUUCCUUACACAACCACAAUAUGAGCCAUGUUAAGCUUUUUUACUGUAAUAUAUUUGCUGUAAAUAAAAAGUAAAACCCU